AUGGAGGGCACCGACCGAGCCCAACGCGAUGGCUCCCCGACCUCUCCUACUCCGUCUUCCUCACACCGAAGAACGCCGUCUGGUUUCAGUCUCCUGUCUCGCUUCCCGUUCAUGAGGCCUUCGCAAGACUCCAAACCCCGUGCCGACCGCGACGAUCACCACCCCACACCGACCGCCUCCCGGUCGACCCCCCGUGCAUCUUCCACCAUCAUCCAGCAGCAGCAAAAGACCCGCCGCCGCAGAGGAUCCCUUAGGAAGGUAGCGCUGCUCGGACGCGGAGCGCAACGCGACAAGAAGGAUAGCAAACCCCUGACCAUUGACACCUCGCAUGCUGCCGCCUUUGGUCUCGAUCCAACAUCCACCGAGACCCAAAGCCCAGAGCAACUCGAGACUCUGACCUAUAAUACCCCCCUGGAACUCACGCUGCUUUCUUCGACUGGCACCAUCCCUCGAACAAGCGGCGUCGUCAAGCCCCCUUCCGCGCCGAUCUUGCCAACCAACGGCGGCGACUCAUCACAUCCAGACCAAGACACCCACGGCUCAUACACAUCUACAGACGAGGAAGACAUGCUCCAGAUACCCCGGGGCUCAGCGGUCCUACGACAGGGCUUGGCCAUGUCUCCCGGGCCAGACUCGUACUUCGGAACACUGGGCUCGGACACGACGCAGAGGCGAAGGUCCAUCCACCGGGCGAAAUCGCCCCUAUCUUACGGCGGACUCUCAACCACAAACACGAUGCCGACGCGCGAGGCUGAAUGGGACUACUCAGACACAGAGUGGUGGGGAUGGGUGGUGCUAAUCGUGACAUGGUUUGUCUUCGUCAUUGGGAUGGGCUCUUGCUUUGACAUCUGGAGCUGGGCGUGGGACGUCGGCAAGACGCCAUACGCGCCGCCAGAGCUGGAAGACGACCCUACAUUGCCCAUCGUGGGAUACUACCCGGCACUAAUCAUCCUGACGGGUAUCAUGGCCUGG